GUUCAAACUGUCAAUGUGUGUGGUCUAAUAAGAGAUGAAGCUGUGGAAAGUAAAUGAGGUGUUUAGUGUACCUGUGGAAAGGGUGCUUUCUAUGGAAACGACCAGACCAGUAGUACUGUAUUAUAUGACACUAAGUAGGCGCGGACGGUUUUGUAAAAGGAGAGAUACGCUAGAAGACUUGUGAUUUGUUAUGUAUGUGGUUUAAAUAUAAGCUACCCUUAAUGAAGGGCUACUUUAAUGGAACCAAGAAAAACUCUUAUCAUGGAAAUUUUAACAUACGUGAGUCUCUCGGUCCUAUUUGUGUUCACGACGUUUAUUUGUGAAAAUGAAGGAACAAAAUUAUAUUCUGGUGCAAAUACUUCGGAGCCACUGAGUACAACACAUCGAUCAGGGAAUUUUUCUCCUGCAGUAUUCAAAGGAAAGGGAGAAACUGAUGGAAAAACAUUCGUUUCCUUAGGUAGUAUGUCAUCAAAUAUGAUAGACUUGUUCCCUCCAGUAGAAUCACUAAUGUCGCAUGCAAAUGGCAAAUCACAGUACUGCCGACGGCCAGCGAAAUGUCAAAAAUUAAACUACACCAGCUGCAUGGGAAUGAAGCUCCCAUAUGAGUGGACGACUUUGGAACUUGUUCCAGAUGUAGACUCACAGGAUUCUGUUCAGGAAAGGCUUCAGGUGUGGCAAAAGUUAAGACGUCUGCCCAAGUGCUGGUCUGUGAUCCAACCAUUUCUGUGUGCACUUUAUAUGCCAAAAUGUGAGAAUGAAAUGGUGGACCUGCCAUCACAGGAAAUGUGCAAAGUUACAGUAAGCCCCUGCCGAAUUCUAGAUGUGGAAGGUAUCUGGCCAUCAUUUUUGAAAUGUGAUAAUAUGACAAAAUUUCCACCUAUGUGCAAGAAUGAUGUGCGAGAACUGAAAUUUAAUGUCACCGGACAUUGUCAAGAACCUUUGGUACCAACUGAAAAUUCAAAAGCAUUCUAUGAUGGUACUGACGGAUGUGGAAUACAGUGUGAGGAUCCUCUUUUCACAACAGAUGAACAACAACAGAUACAUAACCUGAUUGGCUGGGCUGGCAGCUGUUGCUUAUUUUUGAAUGUAUUCACAGUGGUAACAUUUUUAAUAGAUUGGCGUUCUGCAAACAAGUAUCCUGCUCUAAUAAUAUUUUACAUCAACUGUUGCUUUCUGGUAUCCUGUACUGGAUGGCUUGCACAAUUCACUCCAGGUGCACGCAAGGAUAUUGUAUGCCGUAAAGAUGGGACACUUAGAAUGUCUGAGCCGAGUGCUGGAGAAAACCUGUCAUGUGUAAUAAUCUUUGUGGUGGUUUAUUAUUUCUUAAUGGCAGCUGUGGUGUGGUUUGUCAUUCUUACAUAUGCGUGGCACUUAAGUUUCCAAGCAUUAGGUAAAGUAAAGGAAAAAAUUGAUAAGAAAGGAUCUUAUUUUCAUUUGGUUGCCUGGUCCCUACCAUUAAUUUUUACCAUCACAACAAUGGCUCUUGGUGAAAUUGAUGGUAAUAGUGUCGCUGGAAUAUGCUUUGUUGGUUACUUGAACCAUACUGCAAGAUAUGGUUUGCUUCUUGCUCCACUUUCGGUAGCUGUGGUGGUUGGAGGUUACUUCUUGAGUAGAGGUUUGGUAACUCUCAUAAGGCUGAAAAUUGGGAGCCAUGAUAUAAUUUCUCCAACAGCAAGUGCAAAAAUCAGGGAAACCAUUGUUCGAAUGGGACUUUUUUCCCUCUUCCUUCUUGUACUGGUAUUAGUUACAUUCACCUGCCAUGUCUAUGAAUACAGAAAUCAGGCUAAGUGGAAUUAUAGUUUCAGAAAGUAUAUUGUCUGCAAGAUUAUUGGUGGUGAUUCUGUCAAUAAUGGAAACAAGGACAAGUGUCGAAUGGAGUCACGUCCGAGCUUAGCAAUAAUGCAACUUCAUGUACUUACUGUGUUUGCUGCUGGAAUAGUAAUGUCAUCAUGGAUCUGGACAGGGUCUACAAUACAUACGUGGAAGAGAUUUCUAAGAAGAGUGCUUAAUAAUGGUUAUGAGGAGCCAGUAAGACUGAAAAAGCAUAAAGUCAUUGCACAAGCCUUUGCAAAACGAAAAGCUCUCAAUAAUGAUGGGCGGCUGUCAUUAAGCUUUCAUAGCACACAUGAAGAUCCAGUGGGCUUGAACUUCGAUGUGAAUAGCAUGGCAUCCCAGGACUUAAGUUCAACAUGGGCUGCUGCUCUUCCCAAACUGAUGACACGACGUGGUGCCUUGAUUGGUGCAACAACUGGAUCCAUGUCAAGUCAGAGAAGAAACUCUUUUGAUUCUGAAAUUAGUUACAGCGUCCGAAAGGUGUCGGUAGAGUCACGUCGCCAUUCGUUGGAUUCACAAGUUUCGGUUCAAAUAGCAGAAGUAACAGCAACUCGGAAAACAAGAGCAACACCACUUCCUACAGUUAAUGUAACAAGAGGACGAACACAUCGCAGUAAGCGACGAAGGAGAGACUUUACUCGAUGCAGAGUUGGAACGAGAAUGGGGCCCCUUGUGGUUAGGAAAGGCAGUUCAUCAUCUCAGGAGAGUCAGCUUGGUGCUCAGAUUUUAACUGCUCUAACAAUUGGUAAUUCUGAUAUAUCAUCAAUGGUCCCCAACCUUAUGAAGCGAAGAGAGGCGAGUGCAGGCCUUGAUGGUUUAAAGCUAAUGCUGCCCUUACCUUCUGCUUUACUAGGGCAGAGCAGUUGUGGAUCUGAAGAAGAUUUAAGCGACUGUAAAAAGUGUGAUGAAAUAGAAUGUGAGGUGCUAGAUGGCGUUCAAAGUGACAAAAAUGAAGCAGUUAAGGACACCAUUGUGGACACCACAGAUGAAACGGAGAAUAAGAAAGACUACAAGUUUAAAGAAAAUGAAGAUGAAGUGCAAGAUAAAAAAGCUUGUUCUUGUGGGUCAGGCAUUGUGACUAAAGAUAUUGAGUUGUCUACAAAUAAGGAUACUAGUGUUAUAGCAGUUGCCAAUCAAAGCAGUUUCUGUGAUCUCCCCACCACAAUGAGGGCAAAAGGUGCUGUUACAAGCUCAUCAUACAAUAAAAAUCAGCUUUACAUGAGUACUAACAUUCCAGAUGAUAUAAAGUUAAGUGAGAUUUCAGAUGACGAUGCAAACUUUUUAGGAGCAUCAUAUGAUGACACAACAUCGUACUGUCCUGAGUUACAGCGGUUGGCUGGAUCACUUUCUGAUGCAUCUGUGUUCACACACCACACACUGGGUGGUAGUAGGGUAAGGACUGUUGGUGUUGGCCCCUGUACUGUGGGCGCUAAUACUAGGAUACAUGUGAGAAGUCGUGAAGUUGGUACUCAAACAACACCUUCUGAAGAUAUUGGUAUGUGUGAAUUGAACAGCCGUGGUAGUACUUACAGCAGUGGCUCUGGUGUAAAUCAAGGCACUCAGGUAAGCUUUGGUCCACAACGUGAGAAUAGUGUGAAGCCCUACAAGGGCAGUGAAAAACUGGAGAGUCUUACUGGUCUUGCAGCUAAGGGAUUAAACUACAGCUACAACAUGAGCAAACUUGUUGAGGAACUUGCUGAAAUUGCUGCUGGGCAUCCGUUACAAUUAGACCAUAGAAAAACGUGUUGAGUGCAACAUGUUACAUAUUAGGAUGGCAUAAAAAUGUUCUGAACAUAUUUCUGACGUAAAUGGUCAGAAACCUUUUGUAGCAGAAGUUUUAUUCUGCUGCUUACUGCUGUUAAUGGGGCUUCCUUUCACUGCCAAUGCAAAUAGCAUAUUAUUUUGAUACUAUACUUUUUCCUUGUGCCAUAAUCACACUUUUCAUAUUGAUUUGACUUCUUCUGUAGAAGAAAAUGAAAACACUUUUAUAAAUUUGACAGGCAUUGUGCUUCAGAAAUAUUUUAAAGACGGAUAUAUUUUUCUGUUGUUCUGAAAAGUAAUUUGUACAUAGUUUUUUGUACAGCUCUAUCAUGCCAAUGUAAACUUGUAAUCAGUUCUUAUAUAUGAACUGGAGCUCAUAAAAUGUGAUGUGUAAAUAAUGCACAUCACUAUGCACAUAAGUAGAUUUAAGAAGACAAAAAAUUCUUAUAUAGAAGCUGUUAUUUAUUUUUAUUAGUGUAUUAUUCAGUGACAGUCAUCUUUCAUCAGGUGAUAGUGUGUUGCUGUUAUGUAGUAGAUUUACAUGCUUACUGAAAAAAUCUGUUAGAUCUCUUGGUGCCUUUACAUAACAGCUCUGUUCUGGAGCAAGAAACUGCACUAACGGUGUUAUUAUUAAAAUCACCCAAUUAUAUUUACUGAAUUAAAACUGCAACAUUUCAAAAGACAUAGUAGUAUCCAAGGCUUUACUUGCUUCCACUGUUUUCAUUACAUUACAUUUAGGAAAAUGGUAGAACUCUCAGAGCUUCGUGAAAAAUUUCACAAAUUUAUAUUUUAUACCAUCGGAUUAGAAAAGGAGCUCAACAACACAAUGUGACAAAAAAUUCAAAUAUACCAUUAUUUAACAGUGUUAUAGUCAUGUGACAACCAAAACUAAUACAUGUGAAAUUUCAGUUUAAAUCUGCUAAUAUAGGAAUUAAGACACAAAAUGACAAAAUAAAAAAUUUUUAAUCUGAUGAUACAAACAACGGAAAACCCAGAAUGGAAUAAUGACAAUAUUAUGAAAUGUUGUCCAUAUGUGUAACUCAUCAUCUCCGCUAUGUGGUGAGUAGCAAUCUACCCUUUUCAUAAUAUUGUCUAAUCUGAAGAUUUGAGAUGUAGGGUGUUCAAAAACACUGGCAUAAUUUCAAAAAGUAAGAAAAAACAGCAAAUGUUUGUUUUCAGUAAAAGACCAAAAUCAUGCCAUGACAAUUGCAAAAUGAUACAAAAACAUUAUGUAAAAUUCAGUAUGAAAUGGAAGACAAAUGACAGAGGAAAAUCUAGUAAAAGAAGCAAGUCUGGAGGGAGGUUCGCAGAUGCGGAGACAUCAGACCAAUGCAUUGGUUGCAGUUAGAUGUAAGUUGAAGCAGACCAAAUUCACAGUCCGAAUGGACUGCAAAAUACAAGGAUUUGUAGUCACUCUCUUUUAGUUCAGCAAGUUGCAUAAGGUGACAAGACAAAUAUAUUUCUGAGCUGAGCUGUAUUAUGCAAAGGAAAAUUCUAUUCAGGAAACUAUUAAAUUACUAAUAAUGACACAACAAACACUUCAGAAUAAAAAGAAGGAAAAAAUCCCAAGUUUUGGAACUAUUGUGUUCCUCUGUGAUGGAAGAAAAGGUGAUUGGUUGGCUAUGGUGGGAAAGGAGGGCGGGUCAUCCAGAUUACAAGUUGAGAGGAGACAAAGAGGAAAGAGAAAGUUUGAAAGGUUUCUUAUUUUGCUUUGUCAUUCUGUUUUUGGCUCUAUGAACAAUUACUGAUCAUCUUGUUUUAUUGAUCUUCAAAUUCACUCUCGUUAUAAAGCAUAAAUAUACUAUUUGUGAGUGAUAUCAUUUAUUAAUGUCAUCUGUUUUGAGAUAUUGCUUGAUCCUUAUAAGGAGGAUACCUAUAAUGCCAAACAUUUUUAUUUUUCUUGGUAGAUUUUUUUUUUAAAUCUACAAAACUGAGGGCCAGUGGCUAAGACAUAGAAAAUACCACAGAAUAAUUUUUCUUGUCUAGUUCUGUCAGAAAUUCAUGAGAUUGUAAGUUGAUAUCUCUUUACAUAAUCCUUUGUGGAAGCCAAACUGGGAAGGCACGCGCACACACACACACACACA